GCGGCGGAGGGUUUGGCAAGCAAGACUCCCUUGGCUGCUUUCUGCGUAAUCGAGUGGUACUAGUCCUCGCCAGCGGUGACUGCGCAGCCAUGCAGAAGCCCACGGCAUCCCCGCCGACGAUGCAGUACAUCGCGAAGAAGCGCAAGGAGUGCAAGGCCAAAGGGAUCGAGGCGGCCACGUCGCUGCUGCCGGGCGCACCGUCAGAAAGAGGCAACCCGCGCUUUGUCUUGUGGGACACGCCUGGUGCUAAGGUUGCCGCGCUCGGAGAGGUGUCUAUCGAUGACGGCGCGCCGCACGGCGCCGUCGCGCAAGCUUGGGUGCCGAGCAUCUGCCCUUGUGUCGACACAUCCGGGAAUGACGCCUACUCUGCCGUCGCCGAUAAGUAUCAACCCUCAGCUGGCGGCCCAGUCUUCUACGGCACCUCGUUCACCUGCUCGAAGCCCACGAUCGUGGACGUGCCGCUCAACUACAUCCAGGUCAUGAUGAACUCGCUCGUCCCGCAGCGCGGCCCCUCCUUUUGCUGCUGCAAGCCGACGAGUGCCUGCUGCGGCGGCGAGACGGACGACCACUCCUCCUGCGGCAAGUGCUGCACCGGCUGCCUGGUCAACAUCACCAAGUGUGCUCUCGCGACACAGUGCUACGAGCAGCACGACGUCGAGUUCUUCGAGACGCACGAGGAGGCGCUGGAGGCGCUGCUGGCGCUCCCGCACGACCCUGCCGUGCCAGAGGAGCUGACGGGCGUCUGGUCGUUUGAGGGCAACCCUUGGGGCGAGCAGCUGGUCUCGUUCGCCGUCUUCGACUUUGACAAGGAGAAGUACGAGCUGCGCGGAGACCACAUCUUCAUCCGCGAGGGGUGGAUCGAGCGCGGCGACGCGUGCGGCGCGCUGCAGCAGUGCCUGAUGGCGCUCGGCGCCGGGCCGGGCACGAACCUGUACUUCCCCAACGGGAAGGACGGCGACCUCGUCAAGGGCACGAUGAACCUGACCCUCGACUGCCGCUGCUGCCCCGGCGCCAUCUGCUGCUACCCGUGCACAAAGGUGCUCGGGCCGGAGACGUGCCCGAACGCGGCGCCCGGCUACCCGGGGUACUGCAUCCAAGUCUGCGACUGCAUCAACGCAAACUCCUUCACCUCGAUCGGCAAGGGCCCGGCGCCGGGCGGCAUGAACUGGCGCAACAGGCAGUCCGGCUUCUGCGGCCUGCCGAUGACCUGCUGCAACUUCUCGUACACCGCCCGCCGCGUCGCCACCAAGAACGGGCCCAUCGAGCCCGACUGGGAGCUCUACAAGACAUGGGUCGAGGCGCGCUCUGGCACGCAGCGCACGAUGCGGAUGAAGACCACCCCGUUCAAGGAAUACCCCAGCGGCGCGCCCGACUCGCUGUCGAUGGGCCGCUGAGUGCAGGGCUGCGAGGCUGCACGCCGGGUCGCUCGGCGGCCGCGCCAGCCAACGCCUCCGGGCAAGCGCCGCUGAUUAUGAUAUUAAUUGUUUACAUUGCUGAUGUGCUCAAACCCCAGGACCCCAUCGCAUUCGAGAUUCAUCUUUCAUUGAUCAAUUGUCAAACGCAUGUGUCCCCGCGCCAUCCCCCGUCUGAGGUCUGUGACUGUGUGUGCACAGCGCGUCUCGGCCGUCUCGCUCUGUCGUCUCGUGUGGACUGUGCCGCGGCCGUCGCGGUGUGUGGUGUGUCCUCGUACUUCAAUCAAAACCUCUCAUGCUCCACACAUAACAAGAC